GUCCACCUGAAGAAGUUUGCAAGAUAGUCUUAAUACCUGCCAAAGAUCACUUGAAAAACAUCUGAAAACCUUCUGCGUAUGUAAAUCCCAUAUUGAAGACCAUCCGAAGUCUGAAGACCACGCUGAAGAGCAUCCGAAAGUGUGCCUGAAGACUUUCUGAACUAGUCCAUCUCAAGAUCAUCCUGAAGACCAUCUGAAGACCACCUGCGGACCAGGCGAUCAGCCCACCCCACCAACACAGAUGGAGUACCAGAGGGCGGUGGAUCUGAUGAGCACCGUGAAGGUCUCCUACGGAGACAUCUCCGCGGAGGUGAAGAAGUCCGCUCUGCAGGACCUCCAGGACCACCAGGAGCAGUCGCGCAAACUCUCUGAGGACGAGUCCAACCUGCCGGCGCUCCAGGCGGCGUACCGCACCAUCCUGCGCGGGCUCGGCGAGGACACGGAGCGCCAGGGGCUCGCGCGCACGCCUCUGCGCGCCGCGCGCGCCAUGCAGUUCCUCACCAAGGGCUACCACGAGAGCGUGUUCGACACCCUCAAUGAUGCCAUCUUCGACGAAGACCAUGAUGAGAUGGUGAUCGUCAAAGACACUGACAUGUUCUCCCUGUGUGAACAUCACUUGGUGCCUUUUUAUGGCAAGGUUCACAUUGGAUACCUGCCCAGAAAAAAGGUGGUUGGUUUGAGCAAACUAGCCAGGAUUGUUGAGAUCUACAGCCGCCGGCUACAAGUCCAGGAGAGGUUGUCAAAGCAAAUCGCCGUCGCAAUCUUUGAAGCUCUACAGCCGGAAGGCGUAGCAGUGGUCAUCGAGGCCACGCACAUGUGUAUGGUGAUGCGUGGCGUGCAGAAGAUUAACAGCCGCACAGUCACCAGUACCAUGCUGGGGGUGUUCCGCGAAGACCCCAAGACCCGCGAGGAGUUCCUCUCCCUCAUCAAGAGCAGCUAGAAAGAAUCCUACAUCACUGAUUUUGAGAAAUGCAGGCCAGAAUUCCAUGUCUUCACUGCCACUGAGCUCACUAUUGUUUUAGUCCUGAGGGAUAAGGGCUCCCUGUAAUGUUGAACAUACAGACAACCACAUGCAUGCAGCUGGGUAGAUAACUUGAAGAAUGCCAGAAGUGCUAACUCAACACCUAACUUAACCUUAAAUCCGACUGCUUUAACAGAACAGCUGAGCAUUAGAUGUAGGAAUUGCCCUGGAGGCGGAGCUACAUAAAAUCAUAUGUAAGACAGUGGAAAAUCAUGUGCAGAACACAGCUAGUGCCUUGAAUAUGUUCAUACCUGGGAAGGUGCCGCCCCCCCCCCCCCAAAAUGAUCCAUCUCCUCCUGCACUGUCUUCUGUGCAGAAACACUUCACACAGAAAGACUCUAUGCAAGACAUUGUCACUUUGGA